AUGAUCGGAACUCGGUGGCGCCGCGCGAGCAACGCCAAUCUCGCCGCAAACAUAAACAACCUCACCGUCGACGCUUCUUCGCCUGUUCCCUCCCUCCUCGUUCCCUCCCCUCGCACUCCCACCGCUUCGUCGCCCAGGACACCGACGUCAGCCAGCUCUGCCAUGCCGCGCACGCCGACUUCGUACCAGUCCAGCCAACCCCGGCCCUCCAUGACGCGCACCGAGAGCUCCCGCAGCAGCAAUUCUGGUGAAGGCUCUGUCUACCGUGGAGCAGCUUACGCUGCGUCCACCCCGCGCCUGUCAACAAGCACAAGCAGGAGCACGUGGGAGAUGGUCGACGCCGCCUCCCUCCCGUCGGCCUGCGACAGGAGCGACAGGAACAUGCAGAGCAUCCGAACAGCGCGCAACUUCAUUUUCCCCCUGUCCGAGGAGCAUGGCCCUGUCUCCUCCGUCUCCGAAGUCGAAGGUCGGUCGGGCAAGCUGGGCUUCACCGGCUUCAUCGGUGCCUACGAGGAUGAGCCUGUCGUUGUUGUCGAGCUCCGGAUCGACUCCCGGAAAACGGUACCCAUCGCUCGCUCGAUGGGAAGCAAGACGCCAAAGGAGAUGGUCUCGACGCUCGACAUGGUCCGUUCUUUCGGGCUGAUGGCCGAGGACACAACCGUGCGCCAGACGACGAGAAAACUCGAGCCCGAGCGUCCUGAGCGCCGCUCCAUGAUUAGGCACAAGAACUCCAUCCCUCAGCUCCAGACGGAGAGGAUACCGAUCCCUCCUCCCGUUGCACUCGAGGUGGAGGAGACGAGCCCCGCCCUGUCCUCGGCGCCGACACUCGGCUCCUCCAUCGCUUCGCCCAUCACACCCUCGGUCGUUUUCGUUCCCUCGCCCCCUUCCCCGGCCAUGUCCCAGUUCCCGGCCGACGACAUUGCAUUCCCCCUGCCUCCCACUUCGAUGCCGACGCCCCAGCAGCAUUCCCAGCCCAAGUUCCGCCGCACCAUGUCCUCUUGCUCCAACACCCUCAGCACCUGCUCGACGACGAGCAGCGCCGACAUGCCCACGUACGACGACCAGGUUCCGAUGUACCCCCGCCCUCCUCCGCGCCGGGAACGCCGUACCCCAGCUUCGACCUCGGGAUCGAGCUUCGGUUACGGCUCCUCGAUCGGUGGCCACAGCUCGAACAUUUCCAUGGGCAGCAGCAUUGCUGGUUCCUCGCUGUACCACUCCGACGAGCUCGAGAGCGUGGGCAGCAAGCGUCUCUCGCAGUCCUCGACAGAGCCCACGACGCCUACUACUCCCACCACCCCUACUUCGAACAACUGGACACAAACCCGUGUCCACCGUUCGCCUUCACACUCUCACCAGCGUGCCCCCAUCUUCAAGCGCUCCAUGAGUUUCCGCCCCGCCUCCGGCACCUCGAACGGCUCGGCCUCGCCCGGCGUUUCAUUCACGGUCCUCCCCGCCUCUGAGGCUACGCCGCUGGACACGCUUGGCGAGUCUCCCGCCAUGUCCCCCAAGUUUGACGACAGGAGGGGCAGUACCCUCCUCGGCACCAACCACGGGCUUUACGAGGCCAAUCCCAGUCUGACGGAUAUCAUCGCGGCCGAUCACGAAACGCACGCGCUUUAA